AUGCAGCACCUGCUCGCAGAUUCUGUGGCGACAUGGAUAUCAAUGGGGUUGGCGAUUGAAGCGGCUCAAAUCGCAUUGCUCAUUGAGGUCCAAAGAAUUGGUAGAAGAACUACCGAGACACAGAAGUUAGACAUCGCCCGGCAACGCGAUCGUCUCCAAGGCCAGAUAGAUGGAUUCACUCGGUCUGCUAUUAUGCAUCUCGGAGAGGGAUUUGAUGCAGAUGAUGAUCCUGAAGACUUGUACUUGGACAUUCUUGAUGAUCUCGAUGAUGACUUGGCAGACUUCACCGAGACAUCUGACACAUGGGCAAACUCCCCUGAGCUCACUGUAAUCCCAUUGCCAUCAAACCUCGGGGUAGAUCGAUGCAGACGCUGUAUGGCAGACGAUCUCAUUCCGCUGGAGAUGUCUCUUUGUGAAGGGCAGGCCAAUGACUCCCUUCACAACCUCCGAAUUCACUUGUGCAACAAGGCAAUUCUGUUUCGAACAACAGUUAGGCAAGCCAAAUCCCAGGCCCUAAAAACUCGAGCUUGGUCCCAGGUGACGUCGGUGCAGCAGGCAGUGUCCCUCCAUGCCAGGCAAGACCAGGUUCAGAAAUACAAACCCCUGCUUCGAGAGCAACUCAAAAUCAGCACUGCCGUCGGCGAUCCAAAUGCCCGAGGUCAGCGAAACGAGUCCCUCGCUUGGUUCUGGUCAGUCGAAGUCGACCUUGGGGGUCCCGAUCACUCGUGGAAUGAGGAAUUUUACCGAGUUCAUUGGCUCGGGCAAAGGCACUACGGAUCGAUGGAAGGAAGAAAUGAUGUUGGUCCAAUUGGAGAUGGAUUGGACAUGUAA